CCCGGCAGUCGGUGGCCGGCACCGUCCGCGGUGGGAUGUCCCGGUCCGCGGCUAUGCGGGGAGCCGUGUCCGUGUCCCCAGCUGGCCGGGCGGUCAUGGCGCGGCUGCUGCUCCUCCUGUGCGCCGCAUCGGGGUUGCUGGUGGCGGCCGUGGCGGCCAUCCCCCCGCCCGAGGAGGCGGCGCGCAUGGCGCGCUACGUCCUGCACAGCUGCGACUGGGGCGCGCUGGCCACGCUGUCGGCGCAGGAGGGGCUGCGCGGCCGCCCCUUCGCCAACAUCUUCUCCCUCAGCGACGGCCCGCCCGGGCCCUGCGGCGGCAGCGGCGUCCCCUACCUGUACCUGACCGACAUGGAGAUCUCGGUGCAGGACCUGGAGGUCAAUGCAAAUGCCUCCUUGACUGUGUCUUUGGCAGAGACUCCUUACUGCAGGAAGCACAGAUACGAUCCCCAGAACCCCCUCUGUGCCCACAUAAUCUUCGCUGGGAGCAUCCUAAAGGUGAAUGAUUCAGAAGCAGACUUGGCAAAAAAAGCAUUAUUCAGUCGCCACCCUGAAAUGGAAAGUUGGCCCAAAGAUCAUAAUUGGUUCUUUGCCAAAUUCAACAUCACCAAUAUUUGGGUCCUGGACUACUUUGGUGGAUUGAAAAUUGUGACCCCAGAAGAGUACUACAGUGUCAAGCCUUAG